AUGGCCGCUUCUGUUGACGCUGAGCCUCUUCCUCCCCAAGACAUCAUGGCCACUUACCCUGAGCCUUUGAGACCCAUACUUUCUUCUCCUCGCCACGUAGCAUUUAGAGGAGCGAACAAUGAGUAUCUAGGGUGGACGAAAGGCGGCUUUACGAAAUUCAUCUAUGAUGAUCUGACCAAUCCUUUUGUAAAGCAUCCAGUGAUGAAUGAAGAAACGGAUAAUGGAGAGAGGUAUGUGCAUAUAAAGUGCUGUUUUAACCAGAAAUUCUGGAGGAGACAAGACAACAGUAGCUGGUUGAUACUAGCCGGCGGACGAUACCCAGACAGAGAUCGCUCCCGGUGGUCCUGCACUCUCUUUGACAGGGUGUAUAGCGAUCAGGAUGCCUCUGUGCGCCUCCAUUUGCUGCAGCCAAGCAAACUAUUAGCAAUCUGCGAAACAAAAACUGCUCAAGUUCGACAGCACGGAUAUUGGCAGCUCUGCCGUUCGGCACCAAGUGAUGUACCGCCAGGGCGACGGAACCAUGGCCGUGAAAAGUUUAGGUUUCGAAGGGAAGAGACAGAUACGGGACACCAUUUCUUCUCUCCUGUCGCAUCCAUGUUAGAAGAAGCCACGUUGCUUAAGGUGAGGGAAACUGUGAUCCAGCGCAAAGUGCAUUCAGUGGAGUAUGAUUUGAAGAAUAUCGAGAUUUAUGAUGAGGUGCCGCUCCUAGCGGCCACUGUUGUCGUCAGCAACAAAACCACCCACGCCCAAACAACCGAGUUGAAUUUGUCCCGCAAGGUGAAGAAUAGCAGACCGUGGAGCAACUCACUACCUUACACAACGGGCAUCAAGGGUAGUUUCACCAUGGGAGUCCCAUCAAUUGGAGAGUCCGGCGUGGAGGUGUCUGAUUCAAAGACGAGCACUAAGGAGUGGGGUGAGAGCGAGGAAGAUGAGACCACCCUCGGCAGCAAUUACUCUGUCACUGUCAAGCCCGGGGUAAAGCUCACUGUCCUCCUGCGCGCCACCCAGGGCAAAUUUUCGCUCAAAUUCUCAUACGUCCAAGAAGAUGUUCUUAGCACCGGGGAACAGGUCAAGGCUAGCAAGCACGAUGGACUUUUCACCGGCGUCAAUUACAAUGUGAAGAUUAAUUUAUCUUAUCAUUUCACCACUAGUCUAUUAUAUGCUCCUGCUACAAUAAACAAGACCUGCAAACUACAUGUUUAG